UUAAGGCUUUACUCUUGUUGUUGUUGUUGUUAAAUAUUUUUUUUAGAUUCUUAGCUUUUGAGCAAGAUGAAUAGAAGAGAAACAAAUGUGUAUAAAAGGCGAGAUCAACAAUUGAAAAUAUACAAUUUUUUUUGUUAAUUUAAUUGUUUUUUUUUUUUUGCUUUUUUGUGAAUUUUUUGAAUAUUAACUGUUAGUGAUAUAAGUAGAAUAGCUGUGAAUUGAUUUCCACACUUCGACUGUUCAUCCCCUUCUUGGUUAAUUCCAAGUACCGGCCCGGGUUGUGACACACUUAGUACAACUUUAAGGAUGUUGGAUUAUGAUUUUCAGUGAUCUCAUGCCACUUUGGUAAGGGUUUGUAAAAGAGAAGAGUUGGAAUAUAUAAAAUAAGAAAAUAAGAAAAUAAAGGAAAAAAAUCUCUCUUGACUAAAGAGAUGGAUCAGGAAAGUUUAGUUCUCUGAUCGAGCCUUCAAAAAAGAUCCUUUACCCCUUGCUUGGCCAUUUUAUUUACAAGUUUAGGUAGGUCUCAAUGGGUGCUUACAUAAAUGAUUACAUAAAACAGAGAAAACUUAUUAAAAUAUUAACAAUGAUGUAGUAAAGGGUAUACCGCAUUUUAAAUAGUGUAGCGGCAUCUGAUUGUAAGGAGAAUUGAUAAAGGUGCCCUAACUUACCCAAUUAGAUUGCUGAAUUGGUCUGUCGAACUGAAUGGGCGAACUGUUCGGGUCAAGUAAGUUGACUUGAACUAACAUACGCCAUGUUAUCUACAUGAGUCAGUUGAGGCUGGGUGAGUUCGCUGGGUUGGCUUGCUGAAGUGAUAGAAUUCAACUGCUGUCUUGCACUUCUUCUUAAUAUGUUAGGAAUAUUUUGACCAGGUCACGUGUUUGACUUUAUCCUAUACUUUAAGCUCUGGCAAGGUUUUUUUUUUAGAUAUACAAGUAAUACCUUUCAAAAUUGUAAUGGGUUGAUCCUUUGAUAUAUUUUUUUUCCUUGGCAACAAUGUGUAGGCAUUAUUUGUUCUGCUUUAUUCAGUUUCUCAGGAAAACUGGUUUGUUUCUUCUUUCAAAAUUCCCGGAACGCACAGGAUUCGUAUCCUACUUCUAGUCUUCUCAAGGAACUUAUCAAUACACUAGCAAACUGCUACCGUUUUGUUCGGAUUCAUUUUCUUACUCAAAGAUUCAACAGGUUGCUAAAUUAAGCAUAGAGUCGGGCAUUCCGUCAGAAUAUACAAUUAUGACCUUUAGAAUUGAGGCAGUGGAGCAGGACAAGUUGAAGCAGCCUCAGUCCCACUUCUUUGAACAGAAACGUUAUUAUAAAAGACACAGCAGAACCAAAAAUGAAGCGGCCACAUUGGUUCAUUAUCCGAAACUUGGAGUCGGAAAUCUGAUUGCGACAUUGGAGAAUCUUCCGCCGUGCUGUGAAGCAGAUCCUAAAGCUCCAAACACAUUUGCUGUCCUUAAUAAAGCUGUUGGCUGCUGCAGUAGCUUCUGUGAUUGCUUUUGCUGUGUCUGCUGCAUCAAAACAUGUUCCAAAAUAAGCGAUCAGUGCAUGAUUGCUCUAACGCAGUUGUGCUCGGCCCUCUCCUGCUUUGCCUGCAGCGAGUGCUGUGCAGAGUUCUGCUUUGACGAUUAGUCCUCUCUCCUCUCUCUCUCUCUCUCUCUCUCUCUCUCUCUGUGUGUAUAAAUAGUUUUCUAUGGGAAAUGUUUUGUUAGCCAAAACUUUCGAGCAAGAUCAGCAACAGUGCUUUUUUCAGUUUGAUAGUGAUUAUUUGUAAUGUUAAGUAGUUUUAAAAGUUUGUGCAGGAAUGGAAAUGCUCUUGUACAAUAGAAUGCUGUAAAAUAAUUUCCGAUCAUUUAUGUUUGGAUUUUUAAACAUUGUUUGGUUCUAAUCAA